AUGAGACUCCGGGACCUGGCGAUUCUAACAGUUCUGAUCCAUGUCACAAUGGCUUCAAUCACCAAGUCAUCCGUGGGGAUGGAAAAUGAGGCUCUAAUUGUGAGAUGUCCUAGACAAGGAAGAUCUAAAUACCCUGUGGAUUGGUAUUACUCACAAACCGACCGACUCAUCAGCACCCAGAAAGGAAGCCGUGUGCUUGCUGCAGGGGAAAAUCUUAAGUUCCUCCCAGCCAGAGCGGAGGACUCCGGAAGCUACACCUGCAUCCUCCGAAGUUCUACCUCCAAUAAGACUGGACAUGUGAAUGUCACCAUAUAUAAAAAACAACCAGACUGCAAAAUUCCAGAUGACCUGAUAUAUUCAACAAUCUCUGGAACAGAAAAAAAUUCCAAAAUAUAUUGUCCUACCAUUGGCCUCUACAAUUGGACAGCACCUGUUGAGUGGUUUAAGAACUGUCAAGUUCUUCAAGGACCAAGAUACUACAAAAGAGAGACUUAUUUGCUGAUUGACAAUGCAACUAGCAAGGAUGAGGGGUAUUAUACGUGCAAAUUUAAUCACAACGAAGACGGAGUCAGUUACAGUGUGACAACAACCAGAUCCUUCGCCUUUAAGAGUGAAAAUGUCUUUUCAAUGUUGCCAGUAAUAAAAGCACCUCUUCAAAAUGCAACCCAGGACGUGCAAGUCGGGGAAGCAGUGAACAUCACUUGCUCCGCUUGCUUUGGGAAAGGCUCGCAAUUCCUGGCCGUCGUCCUAUGGCAGGUCAAUGGAAGAGGAGUGGAGAACUCGAGUGAAGCAAGAAUUUGGGAGGAGCAAGAGCAAAAUCAAAGUUCCAGCAACGAGCUGGCCUGUCUGAGCUCCGUCCUGAGAAUAGCAGAUGUGAGAGAAGAGGAUUUGUUGCUGAAGUACAACUGCCUGGCUCUGAAUCUGCAUGGCGUGAGAAGUCACACGCUAAGGCUCAAGAGGAGAAAGCCAAUUGAUCAUCAGAGCACCUACUACAUGCUUGCUGGAUUUGGCAUACUGUUAAUGCUGGUUUAUGUCAUGAUGAUAAUGCUGAAAGUGUUCUGGAUCGAGCUUAUUCUUCUCUGGAGGGACAUAGCGAGGCCUUACAAAGCUAGGAACGAUGGAAAGAUCUAUGAUGCUUAUGUUAUCUAUCCACGGACCCACAAAGAUAGUUCGGAGGGGACCUCUUCUGUAGAGUACUUUGUUCAUCACAUUCUGCCUGAUGUUCUUGAAAAUAAAUGUGGCUAUAACUUAUGCAUUUAUGGGCGAGAUCUGCUACCUGGAGAAGACGUGGCCACGGCGGUGGAGACCAACCUCCGACGCAGCCGGCGGCACAUCUUCGUCCUGACGCCGGACAGCCCGGAGCCGGCCUACGAGCAGGAGGCGGCGCUGCACAGCGCCCUGGUGCGGGGCGACGCCAAGGCCAUCCUCAUCGAGGUGCCAGGGCCCGGCGGGCGCGGCCUGCAGCCCGCCGCGCUGCCCCAAGCCCUGCAGCACCUGGUGCGGGUGCAGGGCACCCUCCGCUGGAGGGAGGACCACGUGGCCAACAAGCGCUCCCUCAACUCCCGGUUCUGGAAGCGCGUGCGCUACCACAUGCCGGUGCCCAGCAAACCUCCGGGGGCGGCCUCCUCCGAAGGGGGGACCUUCCCCCCGGCGGGGGCGCCCCCUCGGCUCCCCGCGGGCCGCAGCACUAGUGCGCAUGUGCAGAGCGCGCCUGGCGCGCAGCGGGGCGGGGGAGGGCGGAGGGGGUGUCCUCAGCUUCCCUCCUCCUGA